UCUUCAGAAAAAUCAAUUAAAUUUAACGAUACAAUGGAGGAGGUGGAGUAUAUGCUUCAAAAGGGAAUGGAAUACAUGGCUGCUAAAGAUAAUAUACCGAACACCGAAAUUAAAAAGGAGCCAUUAAAAUCAACGAAUUUGCCUAAAACGCAACCAAAUUCGCCUGCAGUUAAUGAAAGUAAACGCAUCAUUACAGCUCAAUCAGAAACAAAAGCGAAAGUUCCCAAAUCAUCGACAUUCAUAAAAACGUCGAAUAAAAAUUCACAGCAAUCUUCAAAUCGAUUCGCUCUCGAUAUGAGACCCUUUCCGAAAUUGGAAAUAUUCGGGAAACAUCAACAAUCCGCAGCUAGUCACCCACGUCAGAAAGAAUUGAGUAAUAAACAACAUUUCUCCCACAUUGUAAGUCCUGUAGGGACCUACAUGAAGAGUCUCGUUUAUGUCAAGCAAAAAUUGCAUCAAACACAGUCACGAACCAUAAGAACGGUGGACUCUCCUUUACCCGGGUCUUUGGGCACAAAAUCAACACUACCUAAAAAGGCAUAUAUUUCAUCGGAACUCAAACAUAUUGUUGAUGAACGAACACCUGUUACUAUACCUGGCGGUAAAAAGAUUCAAAAGUACCUGGAAAAUGCGAUGAUGCCAGCGGUUCUGAGACAUGACGGAAAAAUAAAGAUUAAAGACGGUGUGGGCAGUAAAACAAAUAUGCCUCCACCAAUGCCAAAAAAUUCGGCCACUAAAUCAUCAGUGUCUGAAAGUAGAAUAUCAUCCUCUCAACAGAAUAAUGCAAGUUUGGCAGAUCUCUCUGUAAUGUCAGGCGACGUCUCACUAUAUACUAUUAUGGAUGCACAGAAAUUUUAA